AUGGACCUCUGGGGGGAUGAUAUCUGGGAGGUCGAGGAUGCUGAUGAUGAUAGAAUGAGCGUGAUUGAUGGGUAUGACGAAUAUGAAGACGAAGCGGACGAUGACGAGGAAUGUGAAUAUGAGGACGAAGGCGAGGAUCAAGAUCCACUUGAGGAGGACGAACUGGGAUAUGGUGAAGAGUAUGAGUCCCCAGACGAGGAGGAAGGCGCCCAGUCAGACACGGAUUCAACCUCGACGUGGUCAUCAGACGCUACCCAGCAGAGACAACACGGCCAUCAGGCAGUUGAUCUUCUGCUCCGCUUCUGCUACUUUGCACUUUGCGAAGAAUUCGAGGAUGGCCUUGCAGGCUCGACGAUGCUCGUAUACUUCAGUGCAGUCCGUGGGUUAUCGGCUCCCAACGGUGACGAAUACCUCAUGCCUCACCGGUUUACUCCGAUAUUAUCACGGUUUAUCUAUUGCUCGCGAUUGAUCUUCCUCGAAGCCGUGCUGCCUCGGUUCUCGCAUGGUUACAUCGGCAUUCCCCGAAGACCUCGCUAUGGGCAGUUGACAAGACUUUUGGCUGCCCGACGUCGAUACAUGUGCGAUGGGACUUUCCUGGCUCGAGGGGUGCUUCAGUCAGCUAUCGCUCUCUCCGCUCGACUCAUGUACGACUGGGAGCCUCCUGAUAUUGAUAUGGCCUCUAUUCGGGACAGCAUGGCCACGAAAACUUCAGGCUACUCCUUUGUGUCUGAUCCCACCAACCAGCUGACAGAUGCCUACCUCGAAGUCCUGCUAAGGGCAUGCAUCUCGCCUGUUAAUGGGCUGGUUCGAACACAGGCUAGAACUCAGGGCGCUUGGGAUGCCAAGGCUGCCCAGGCCUAUCUCGAAGCCCAUGAUGACUUCCUGAAGACACUUAUGGUUCUCUGCAACCUGGAUGGUGGCCAAUGCGCGCGGAUCUCUGAGCUGCUGACAGUGGAGUACUCGAAUACCUCGUCGAGGUCUCGGGGAGUUUAUAUCUGGGGCGGCCAAAUAUGUUCGGUCACCCGACAUCACAAGGCCCGUCUGGCGACGAACCAGGAAUUCUGCGUCGCUCGCUUCUUCUCUCAACCUGUCUCUCGCCUUUUACUUCACUAUCUAGUCUAUAUCCGACCCUCAUAUGGAGAAAUGGGGGUUAGGGAUGACGGGUGA